GAGGUGCGGGAGCGCAUCCACGGCGUCGACGUCCAGGCGGACUUGAACGUGCUCGAGACCCACUUGGGCCACUCGAGCGCACCUUCGAAGUUGAUCUCGAUGAAAUUGAAGGACAUGUUCGACGGGUGCGAGAUCGGGGGCACCUGGCCGUGCUGCGCCCACCGACCCAGGAAAAAAAAGAAAGGCGCGGCGGACAGCGACGAGACUUCCAGCACAUCUCGCGCGAGGCGGAUCAAAGCCGCUGGCAGCAAGAAGGACCGCCGCGCCGGUCGGGACGAAGGCGGAGCCGGCGGCAUCACCGGCAGGCGGCAGCACCGCCCCGGCGGCAAGGAGAUUCUGGAGAAGAACACGUACGGCUCCUUCACCGACGUGGAACUGGACAGGCGCUUCGGCGCCCAGGCCGGUGGAGACUCCGGAAAGAACUUGAUGACUGAGGAGGAGGCGAUGCGAUUCCAGGAGAGCCUGCGCGGGAGCAAAGCAGGCCGCAGCCGCAGCCGCGGCCGCAGCCGCGGCGGCCGCAGCCGCAAGCGCGGCGAGCGCGAGCGCGGCCGCAGCAGCGGUCGGGGCCGCAAGAAGCAGGUGUCCCGGAGUCCCAGCUGGCAGCCGCAGCGCUACGACGGCUAGGGGCCGCCUUGCUUGCCACUCCCAUCUCCGCAUGCGCACACGAUCCCUCUCCCGCGUGUUUGACAGCCUGCGGGCACGAAACCGUCUUCCAGCCGCCCAAGGAUAGAGAACACUCAUGCAGCCUCGAUGUGUGUUCGGGCUUCGUCUGGGAUCUUGGAUCCCCGCCCGCUCCUCUCCAGACCGAGACCGCGGCCGCUUGCUGCCAGUACGAGGGGUGUGCUCCGCAG